CUGUCGAAUACUAUGUAAUGUAAAUAUUUCUAAGAUUUUACUUUUCACAAGUUGUUGCUAAUAAUAUUAUUUGUAAUGAAAACCUUUGUGUUAAACUGAAAAAUAAUGCCAAACAGAAGCAUUUUCACUAGUGUUCUCAGACGUUUGGACCCGACAGUAUAUCAAGGGGCAACGGGGCCAGUGCUCAGAUACCCACAGCUCCCCUUCUGUAGACUAAUGUAUGUUAUUCUUGGACUUUUAUUAUUGUGAUUGUGAAUAAAAACUGCACUGAUUCAUGUUCAACUUCAAAUAUCAUGAUAUAUAUUGAUGUGAUACGUGUACUUUUCAGUUUUUUGAUCAGGACUGCUGAUUCUUAUUUCUUAGUGAGUUCCUAAGGACACAUCAGUGAUGGAGCAAUGUCUGUUCAUACUCUUGUUUCUCACAGGAGUCUUCCCCCUAGUCCAGUCUGUCCCCCAGAGAUACUAUCUGAUCCAGCAGGGGAAAACAUGGAGUGAUGCUCAAGCAUACUGCCGGAUCAACCACAAUGACCUGGCUAUCAUUGAAAGUAAUGACAACAUGGUUCAACUACAGAAUGAAGCACAGAGACAACAAUUCAGUUCCAGUGCUUGGAUUGGAAUGUACAAUGAGAUCAACAGCUGGCGAUGGUCCCUUGGAAAUGAGAUACUGGGAAGUAUGACAGAUUGGCCUAAAGGACAGCCUAACAACAAAAAUGGACAUCAGGAGUGUGCUGCAAUAAGUCCAUGGGGUUGGGACGAUAGGCCAUGUACAUUCACAUUACCCUUUGUGUGCUUUGAUGACAGUAAAGCUGACAGUCAGAGGUAUAUUUACAUCUCCAAUCUUGUGACAUGGCCUGAAGCCCAGAGUUACUGUAGACACCAUCACACAGACCUGGCCAGUGCAAGAGAUGCAAAAGAAAACUUACUUAUACAGGCACUGGUCCCUGAAUGGACAUGGUUUGGUCUGUUCAGAGACUCCUGGAAGUGGACAGACCAAACCAACAUCUCUACCAUCAGCUGGAUGUCAGGAAAACCUGAUAAUGCCCUGGGGAAUGAAAAUUGUGGCUAUUUAUAUAACAGUCAGGCUGCUGAUGCACAGUGCUCAGACAUAAUGCCUUUCUUCUGUUACUCAGUAAUCACUGGAAAAAAUCAGAUCAUAAGGGUGAAGAUCCAGUCGAAUCAGGAAGUGAAUAAUUUUACAGUAAAGAUUGCCACCUUGAAGGAGAUAAAUCAGAAACUGAUGGCAGAGAACAUCACAGUGAAAUGGAGGGAGCAACCAGAUGGAGUGGUGUUUCACAAGAAGAAAGAAAAUAAUACUAUAGAAGCAAAAGAAGACUGUAGUGUCCAGUAACAUAAUUCCGUAGUGCACUAACAAUUUUAGUCUGAGCAAUAUGUUCACUUUGAGAAAUUUUAUGAGAUUUAGUUAACAGUUAAAGUGACAAUGAAGGGGGGAAAACACAUUUACACUACCUUUCUUUUUCAGUUAAUGUCUAAGAUAAUAUAUGUAUUUUUCAUUUCUUUGUCUUAAAUGUCUUUUUACCCUAAAGGUAGUCGAUCAGCUGAAAUGUGUUCGGGUGUUUGCUUCUUUAGUUUUACACUGAAGCUAUGACACUAAUGUAGCUCUUUAUAUACUCACAUUUGUAAGAUCCUUAAUCUUGUAUAACACUUAUUAUAGUCAUUCACACUGCUCAUCUCUCUUGCUUACUCCUGAGCUCCAUUUCCGAGUGUUCCGCCAUGUUCCUUUUUUGCUCACUGGGUUCUAACACUCUGAUAAUGUCUGUAAAGCUGCUCCGGAACAGUCUCUGAAACAAUACUGUAAAAAUCUCUAUAAAACUCCAUAUUAACAAAUCAUGUAUUCAUUAUGACACACCUUAACUAUUAAA